CUCCAAAGAGCACAUACAGGACAUAUCACAUGUUAAACCUGAGAAAUCUGGUAACAGCUUAUUUUGAAUUUGAUGCCUUCACCUUGUGUUGCAACAAUCUUCUUACUCGAUUUUGGGUUUUAGCUGCUCACCAGUGAAGGACUUCCUUUCUUGUACUGUUUGCUUCAUAACGCUGCAAAGCACCCAGACUACUUCCACUACACUAGUAAUAAUGCUGCUCAAUAAGCUAUUUAAAAAACAUUUAUUUAUGUAUUUCAGUUUAAAGAAUUAAGUUUUUAAAAUUUAAUUAACCAUGUAUUUACAAAACGUGAUUAAAAAGCCCAAUGAGGACAACCACAAAACAAAAGGCUGUGAAAGUAACAAUAAUUCAGAGUCCUGGGUUGGAGCAACCUGUAACUCAACGCUUCCUUCAGCCGGCUCUUUGAUUGUAUUUCUGACCCCCCUGCUCUGAAACUUUUACAUGUCAUUCAGCAUUAACGGCGCCUUCACAGCUGUGUAAAACAAACACUUGGACCGUUAGAUUAUAGAACAUAAACCUAAACAUUUAAUUUUAUUGCUGCACAGCAGCAGCUAAAAGGAGCCACGUGUGGAGCAGUCUAUGUUUGUAGAGAAGACGAGCUUCUGAUGUUUGAGACGUCGCAGUCUUCACCUGGAAGGUAAGAGUGACCGAGCAGAGCUGCGAGCCCGGAUUCAGACCACCUGCUGACAUCACGCCUCGUUAGAUUCGGCUGUUUGCACAGUCUGUGAUGUCACACUGUGCAACCUGAGAGACAAAGUUCAGGGAGCAAAAGCCCUGGCUUUUUCAGCCUAAAGAGCAAGAUCUCCUCUGUCAUCUGACCUUUGACCUGUGUCGAUUGAGGGCCGUCUAAAUCAAAAACAGCUUCUCUGUCAUACAUAGGAGUGACCUGAGAUAAAGACAGCCGAGAUUCGAGUUUAUUAAAAGUUUUUAGUUACUUUAAAGAAAUAUAAAAUAUGCUUAUAAAACUACGAGGGUUCGAAUAAAACUACUUAGAAACUCCCGAAGCAUUUAAUUAAUACUUAUACAGAAAAUUAACCUCUAGAUAUCUGAGGUGUGAUUUCAGUUUAACUACUGUGGAUGUUUUCAUUUCGAGGUUAGAGCGACUGGUUUAACUCUCGUUCUUUCUGUCUUGUUUGUUUUUAAAUGUCUCCAGUUCAGUCAGCAAACAGUAAAAUAGUGCAUAAGUGAGCAUCAACCACAUCAUUUUCUGACUACUUUGAGUAAGCUUGCCUGGGCAUGUGCAGCGAUUUUGCAAUCUUGGACUUUCCCUAAUUUCUGUGAUGUUCUGGCUUUUUGUCAUCUGGGGACUUCCUCCGUCACCGGAGUCAUGCUUGAGUCAUGAUUGCCCUCGUCUGUCCUCCUCAUACUGAGUGACGCUCUCUGAGGAUUGAGCUCUAAUAGCUCACAGCUCCCCAAUAAACAUGUAAUUUCAUGUCCAGUUACUUAUGACUCUCAGGUUUCUCUCCACAAGUUCCUUCUUAUUAUUGCGAUGCUGGACGUCAACAUUACUCGUGACCAAAAUUUAAAAGAACGAGAUCAGUGUAUUUACAAGUAACCUUCAGGCUGCUCUAAACACAGUUUUUGUUUCCUAUUCUUGUAUACAUGAUAAAGAGAUCGGAGAAGCCCCACCCACCUGCUGUGCAGCCCUUCUGUUUGUGAGUGGCAGCCAAACAGAGUAAGGUUAUCUUAAAGGGAGAGGAGACCAAUUUACUGCAUCACAGCCCAGAAAAUAAACAUAAAUAAGGACCUUUUUAAAACUUUGGAUCAUGAAAAGCUGCUCCAGUAGAGUCCAAGAGCAAAAACAUGAGUUUGAACACAAACUAAGCAGAAGUGUAGCCAGAAUGGGGUCAGUGGCACAGUGGUCAUGUCCCAAUGGGACUCUUUUGGGCAGAACCUGGACGGCACCCAUGGCUCCAGGCUGAGGCCUUGAACUUUUUCUUAAUAAGUUUGCUUAAAUCACCAUCAGACUGACCUUGAGAGACCUUACCAAGCAAGCGCUGCCACGACAGCACAGCUCCUCAUGCGCCAUACCAUUUAUUUUUAUUUUGUAGAUAUUGGAGAUAAUAAACUAUAAUAAUAAUCUCUAUCUAUGGUGCAGUAAUAUUAUACAUAAAGCUAUAGAGCAGUGUGAAUAAUCAAAUCAUUUCAUUUUACUCAAAGUAGUCACAAAUCAGAACUUCUCCUGGUUGACUCCAAAUUAUCGCUAUCCAACUGUUUUUCUGUUACUAUCAAUAACUCGUCAGUUUCAAUCUGUUUGGCGUCAUUCUUGACAGUACAUUAUCCUUUGACUUGCACAUCAAUGAUGUCACUCGCUCAGCAUAUUUGCAACUCUGUUACAUCAAUCGCCUCCGCUCCUUCCUCACUCAGCAUGCCGCUGUCAUUCUCAUCCAUGUAACUCACUCUUAUUUGGCCUGCCACAAAAAUCCAUCAAUAAGCUUCAACGUGUCCAGAACUCUGCUGCCCGUAUUAUUACUAGGACUCCCUCUACCACCGCAUCACCCCUACCCCCUAUGGCUCCCAGUUAAACUUUACAUUAAUUUUAAAAUACUUCUUUAUACAUUUAAGGCCACUCAUUCUCUCUCCCCACCAUACCUUUCUGAUUUGGUACAGAUCUCCAUCCCAUCCCAUCCCUCAGAUCCUCCUCGUCUUGUCUUCUUUCUGUUCCUUCUUUUCGUCUUACUACCAUGGGGGGCAGGGCUUUUAGUCGCUCUGCCCCUGACCUCGGAAACAUCCCUUCAUUCCCUCUUUUUAAGUCCACCCUCAAAACCCACCUGUUCAAGAUGCCUACUCUAUAUAACUUCUCCAUGCUCUUAAACUUUAUUUUAUUAUUGUGUUUAUUUCCUGUUUUUAUGCCUGUCUUAUUUGCUCUGUGCAGUGUCCUUGGGUGUUUUGAAAGGUGACUUUAAAUAAAAUGUAUUAUUAUUAUUAUUUCAGCUACAACAUUAAAGUAAUAUAGACAUCAAUUAAUCAGUAAUUGGGGGGGUCCUCGGUAACCCUAACCGGGCAGGGCGAAGUGGUCCAGCUUUUUCUUCAUAGAGGGUCUUUUGAACCACACACAGAACCAGUUUACCUUGGAAGACGCCAAACAGAGAAACGAUUGCAAACUUGUCCACCAUGAUAAAGUUUUGCUUCCCAGAUGGGAAUUUUUUAUGAAAUAUUCUGAAUUCCUGUGGAGGGAGCGGCGUUUACCUAUUCCCGGUCCCCAACCCGUCCCACGGCACACGCCCCUGCCUUAAGGACAAUAUUUCUGCUUCACGCAGUUGGAUGUCCACACCACCAGGCCAGAGGGGUGAUACCAAAAGUCCAAUGCUUUCAGGUUGAGGGCUAAAAUCGAACCCAUGAUGACGUGAUGGUGUUGUGGGUGAGUUUCAGAGUAAAAGAGUCUCAUUGUUAAAGUUUAAAUAAGUUGUGUACCAACAACACAAACUCUCACAAAGUGUACUCAAAAUAAAUAAAAGAGCUUCGUCUGUUUGGAUCAAAGGUAAACUGAUCAGAAAACUCACAUCUCGUGACCUCCCGUUAACCUCCAUGCGGGUAAAACCCCCGCUCUCUUAUUGGCUGACGGUCGACCUGCAGACAGGUGAGGAUGGCAGCUCGUGCUGACAUGGUGCUGCUGCUGCUGAGUGGUUCGGUUCUGCUCGGACUCUCCGCCGGUCCCGGACACUCCUCUUCCUCCUCGGCUCCGGAUUCUGAGCGCGGCAGGAUGGAGCUGCGGCGCGUGCGCACCCUCGCGGCUCAGUCCCGGUACGGAGAGUGUUGGGCGCGAGCUCUGGAGCACCUGGACGCGAGCUGCAGGGACUUGACGUCGGAGAGCCAGAGCUUGAUCGCGCUGCGGUUCACCCACUGUCACCUGAGCAGCUCAGGCAGGGAUUUCCCAGCAUGCCCUGAGGGGUCAGAGGUCAGCAGAUGUACAGCUGGCAUGGACACAGUGGCGUUUAACAGCUACACAGAGUUCUUCACACACACUCACUCCAUGUGCCACUUCCUGCAGUCUGAGGCCUGGCAGCGCCAAGCAGAAAACACCAUUUACAGGCUGACGGAGAGCUCGGCAGGUGUAGCCGAGCAGCUUCAGUCCACCAAGCUGAUGGCUGAGGACCUGAUCGAGGCCCAGAGUGCUGCCUUGCAGGCGCAGAAGGCGAUCCUGUCCAAUGGCGAGGAGCUCAGAGUCACACUCAGAGACUCAACACGGGGUCUGCGGUCGGUGUUCUCAGAGCUCAGCAGCACCUCGAGGGAGCAGCAGGUGGCGCUGUCCGAACUCUUCAACAGAGUUUCCUUUUUGCAGAGUUUCCUUCUGAUGGAGACUCACAGCCUGAGCUCCUGCUGCUACAACGCCGCUGCCCUCUGCACCUCCUUCCUCAUCACCUCCACCCCACGCUCCUCCAGAGCCAGGUUGGUGUUGUUGAGUUUAGUAUGUUUGAAUUUCUACCUGGAGAGAAAGAUCUACCAGUUUGUGCUGAGCUCUGAUAAUCCUGAGCACCAACACAUGGAGCUGCUCACUGUGUACGUGAGUGCGUUGAGGCGAUUCAUGGUGUGUGUUGGAGUGUGUGUUCUGCUGGUGGUGUGUGUGCGCUACAGGGACCCGGUGCAGCAGAGUCUGCAGGUGCUGCAGCAGCUCAGAGAGACUCAGAGGAGCCUGCAGGAGGCGCUGCAGCAUGCAGAGAGUUUAGGGGAGCGACGGAGGACGGCAGAGGACGAUCAGCUUCCUGUGAAGAUGAGAUCAGAGAGCAGAAGAAGAGAGGAGAUGCUGAGGAGGAAGGAGGAAAGAAGAGAAGAGGAAGACAAGGAAGACAUAUAUCCCACCACCGGUGGCUCAGACCCAUCGAACCUCUCGCACUUCGGUUGGAGCAGCGACAGCAUCCUCAGCAGCACCGAGAACGCCUCAUCAGUCGACUCCACCCUCAGGAACGGUUCCCACAACGCCUCAGUGCGUCAGAGUCCAGGCAGGCGUCCUCGUCGCUCAUCCUCUCGCCGUCCUCGGUCUCCCCCCUCCUCCCCGCUGGUGUACAGCAUCCUGGUGGAGGACAAACAGCCUCGUUACAGCCUGAGGAGCAGAAGGUCGGACAUUCACUGACUCAUCAUUUAUGUUCUCGUUUUUCUACUGGAAACAUAAUUUUACUUAUUUUUUUGUUUUUGUCUGUUUUCGUAAAUUUAAAUAAAAUGUUUUUAGAUUUAAAACAAGAAAACAUGUCAAAGUGAUGAGAUGUAAAAUGUCUGCUUUUGAAAUGUUUUCUGAGAUGAAGCUGAUUGGAGUUUACGGCACACACGUUGUUUUUUGUUUUUUUGUUUUAGUGCAUGUAAAAAAUUGGCAAAGGUAGUUUCUGGUACGAAGGUUGUGUUGAACUUCAGAGUUCUGAUAAACUCACAUGUUGUGUCCCGAAUCACAUACUUUGUUACUUGUAUUCACCGCUCUGAGUGCUUAAGUGCAUCCAAACUGUCAAGUAUGGCUACAGUUGCAGGAGCAACGGUCUAAGCUGAGGAGCCGAGACCUCGCUCCUCCCAGCCGUCUCCUCCAGCUCGUCUGAGGGGACAGUGAGGUGUUCACAAGGCAGCCGAGAGAUCUAAUCUCUCAGCGUGUCCUGGGUCCACAACAGAGACACCUCACCCCCCCAUCCCCAUUAGGACAUGUCUGGAAUACCUCACCUGGGUGGCACCUCGGAGGAUUCUCGAACCACCUCAUCUGGCUGCUGGCAGCUCUACUCUUCCUCUCCUGAACGAGCUCCUCAUCUAGUCUCUAAGGUAGAUGAGAGGGAAAUCCACAGCUUUGUGAUACUGCACUCAUAACAGUAAAAAAACACUUGGUGUGGAGUGCAGUACCUUAGCCAACAUGGUAAACAGGCAGAAACAGAAGCAAUUUUCAUCUGGUAGUAGAUGAAUAUCUAUUCUUUUCGGCAACACCGAGCAUUACCAAACCAGCCAAGAGAUGAUCUCUCCAGUGUGUCCUGGCUGUGUGUCAUUCACACGCUGCACCGCCAUCCAUACAGAGACACAGUAACAGCUACUGUUGGUCACACAAGAGAACCCCUGACAUUACCCGGUCAUAGUUUAGAGUGAAUGGACAUCAUAGGGUGAUCCACCUUCUUCUGGCAAUUUUCAUGGAGAUGGUCAGUGGUUUGACUCCACAUGCACGACACUGAUGAUGGAACCCAUGUGUGUGCAUGAUGGGUAAAAAGCACUUAAAGCUUCAAGUUCCCAGUUAAGAGUCCAAAAAGACCAGAUUCAGUCCUUUCAAGUGACGGGAGCUAAAACAGAGGCUUUCAGACGGAGCAUGAGAAAAGAGGCCAGAGCAGCAUAUGCUGCAGAAAGAUGAUCAAGCAGGAUAUUUAAAUAUGUCAGCAUGUCCCAGCAGGUGGCAGCAGAUCUUUGCUCUGCCUGAAGAAAAUGUUUUGACAUAUUGGGAGUCUGCUCCCGUCUGUGGACGGAUCUUAAAACCACUGAAAUGUGACCUUUGUUACGAUCUCAGACUGAGGCUCCGAGCGCAGCAGGGACAUGUGGAAUGAAGGGUUGGAGCCCCCUGGUGGUUGAAAGCUGCUGCUCACAUCAUCCUGAAACUUGAAUCUGUGCUUCUGUUAGAAAGAGAAAAAGCAGAGUCAUGAGUGGUGGAGAGUAAGUGGAGGUCAGACUCUGGUGUUGGUAAAGGGGAAAAAUUUAAAAUAUCCUGCUGGAAUUUUUCUCCAAAGUUUUCCUUUUGCUUCAAAUUUCAGCCUCAGAAAACAGAGAAAAUGAGAACCAGACCACAGGGAGAGGAGAGAGGGAGGAGGGGAGCUGCUCUGGGAUCAGAUGUCUGGACGGAGGAGGAGGAGGAGGAGGAGUUGUGGUGUCGGUCUGCAGCUCAGAUCAGACUUUCACACAAAAGCCUGGAGCUGCCGAGAGACGGCCAACCGACAGCCAGUCUGUCUGUCUGUCUGUUUGGACAAACUGACGCUGAAGAGAAAGAGCAAAAAGUCUUCAGAGGGAGUCAAACCAAAGCAGCAGGAGGAGCAGAAAUCAGAAAAAGUGGAGGCACUCGAGCAGGAGGAGAGCUGAGUCUGCACAUUCUGCUCUAAAGCUCCUACAGACGUGUUUGAUUUCAGGUUUCUGGAUCCUCAAAAGUUGUUCCUCAGCUUUAUCUCGGAGGAGCUGGACUGACAGAAACCCUCAGUCGGCACACCCGGGGAAGGUUUUUAAUCUGAAAACCACAUCAGCCGGAUUCCUCUGAUUGUUUCUGCGGAUACGUGACGUGGAGAUGGAGGCACGGAGACUGGUAACGUUUAGAUUCCUGAAAGAGUGACAAAGAGGAAAAGAUGGGAGCGAGAGGGGGAGGAUGAAGGAGGGUGAGACAUUUUUGACCUCCACAUGGCUUCAGCCAGAGAGCGAACCACCAGAGAGUCGCAGCUGAAGUUCAUUUUCCUGAAUGGAGAAAAGAGUGAAGCAGAUAACCGAUGCCGAGUGCGCCUGUGUGGAUUUCUCUGAGAGCAAAACUGACUCUGAACAAGCAGAAAGUGACUGAUUCAAAAACAAACACUCAUAUUUUAAAAUAAAAA